UGCUCCUCUCUCUCUCCCUCUCUGCUGUGUGCAUUGAAGCAGUUCACCAAGUGAGGAGCAGACUUCCUCUAAACACACCUCAGCACACACAUCUCUGCCUCCGAUCGACCACCAUGGCCGUACGGGACGCUGCCUCUCCGCUGCUGCUGGGCCUGCUGUGCCUCCUUCACACCUGGGGAGCCAGGGCUGCUGUGGAGGUAAACAUGGAGGACAAAGUGGAAGUUCUUUUGGGAGACCCAGCUCAGAUCACCUGCAUGUUCAAAUCGGACGACUUUGGCGGUAGCGGCGGCAUGACAAUAGAGUGGCACUAUGUAAAGAGUUCAAAAGACAGUCAACGAAUCUACAGCCAGGACAGCCUUCAAAGCACCGUGGAGAAAAACACUCCUUACUCUGAUCGGAUCACGGUGAAUACCACCGCUGGAGAGGUGGUGCUGACGAUCAGGGAUGUGCAGCUGAAGGACGAUGAGGUGGCGUUCAACUGUUUCGUCAAGAUCAUUGGCGAAGGGAGCGGAGAGGGAGGCACAAAGCUGAAAGUGUUUAAAACACCAGAGGAUCCCACAAUUCAAGGUGUGGAACAAGGAAUAUCAGUCAGCGAUGAAGUGACAAAGAUUGCCUCUUGCGAGGUGAAAAAUGGACACCCCAAACCGAAGAUCACCUGGUACAGAGACAAAAUGCCACUGCACAAUAUUCCAGAUGUUGUGAAACUGGAUCACAGUGUCACCACUCAGUCAAGUGGUUUAUAUUCGGUCAACAGUGACCUGAACAUGAAGGUGGAGAAGAAGGACAAAGAUGCAGUUUUCUACUGCGAGGUCACAUUCCUUGUUCCUGGAGCAGAGAAGAUGCUUGAAACCAAAAGUAUUAACAUCACUGUCUUCUAUCCUCCCACAACAGUAAAUCUGUGGGUUGAAUCCCCAAAGGGUAAAAUCAAGGAGGGCGACACGGUGGAGUUCCUCUGCGCCAGUGAUGGAAAUAGUGAAUCCCAAUUUUUCAUAAUUGAAAAUAAUGAGGGUCCAAGUUUGAAGAUGGAGAACGUUACUCGUGAGAAUAGUGGCGUUUUCCACUGCACCGUAGAGGACUAUGAAAAUUAUGUGAGAUUAUCAACAAACACCACAGUGCUUGUCAACUAUCUGGAUGAGGUGGUCAUUAAACCCACCGGCUCUGUUUCGGUGGACUGGAAGAAAGAGUUUUCGGCUACCUGCAAUGCUUUAUCAUCUCUCAGCACCACCACAACAUGGUUUAAGAAUGGAAAAGAAGUUGAAAAGGGUCACCAUUUAAACCUAAAGGCUGUAACGUAUGACACCGCAGGAACGUAUGUUUGUGUAGUGACAGUACCGGAGAUUCAGGCGAUGCAAGCCAACGCUUCACUACAGCUUACUGUUCAGGGCCCACCAGAGAUGAUAGAAAAACAGCUUAAUGAGAAAGAGACCAAUGAGAGGGAACUUGAACUUACCUGCCACGUCAGAAGCUACCCAACUCCCAAUAUAAUCUGGGGCACCACUAAUGGGAAGAUCAUCAGCUCCUCAAAUCACAUGACCGGUGUGGGUGCUAAGAGCGUAGCCAAAGUUCAAGUCAAUAUCACUUCAAACACAACCGUUUUCUGCAACGCCUCAAAUGAGUUCGGCAAAGACUCGGUUACGUACGUCAUCAGAUUCACUAAACACACCACCACACCAGCAACUACCACCACAACAAUCUCUCCAACAACCAUUACAGCAGCCAACACAACCAACAAUACAAGCACAUCCACCAAUGCUGCCAAAACCAAAUCCACAGGAAGCUAUGGUGUUGUCAUUGCAGUGAUCAUUAUCUGUAUCCUGCUUCUGGCCAUCUUGGGCAGCGUGCUUUACUUCCUUUACAAAAAAGGCAAGAUCUGCAAUCGAUCAGGAAAAAAGGACUUCACUAAAGAGAAGUCCAGCAAAGAUAAGAUUGUGGUGGAGAUGAAGAGCGACAACACAGAGGAGGCGAUUCUGCUCGGGGUCAACGGAGAAAAACAGCUACCCAACGACCAGUGAUGAGAACCUGCAUGUUCAGAAGUGAGGUGGUGAGAAAGCUGCUCCUGGUGUUCCCUCUCAGGCUCAGACCCCCAGAUGCCUUCAAGUCUCCACCAAAGCUCCUUCUUUCAGUUUCACAUCAUGGAGAUAAUCAGCUGACACUCAAACAGUUCAAAGUGAAAGGAUUUUUUAAUUUUUAAUUUUUUUUUUACUUGCUGUCCACUAUGCUCCUCGAGUUGAAAUGAAACACAAUUUGCAAGCUCCAUGAUGUAACUCCACAACACGCUUACCAAGCUUUGACUGUCUGUCUCGUUACUGCAAGCCUUGUAUACUGCUGAUUGUCUGUGGAGCAAGAAUUAUAGCACAAAGCUGACAGGGUCUGUUUUAAAUACAGGGCUGGACAAAUUCAUUGUCUGCCCUGAGAAAAGUGUGUAAAAGCCUUAAAAUAAACUGCUGUUUUAUUCAGGUUACAUAAUCUCACAAUAAAAAGUUGUGAGAAAUCCAGUGCUUACUUCAAGGAAAUUUAUUCAGAUAAUUAAAUAAAUGAAUAAAAUUCUAAUAUUUGGGAGAAUGUCUAUUUUUAUCCAGGAAAAUUAGUGUCUUUAUUUAGCUGUUUAAAUUAUACAUCCUCCAUGUUUGUGUCUGUGUUUAGUACUUCUCUGAACAUGAUAAAACACCUUAGGAUUUAAAAAAAAAAAAAAAACUGCCCCUCAUACCCAAUGUCAAAUACAGCAGAGGUUUCAGAAUUACCAGCAGAUUUUAAAUAAAACAUUGUCACUGGACAGUGAUAGAAAGAACAAAACAACUGAUCUUUGUUUCACGGAGACAGAACCAACCUUCUCAAAUGAUCUUCAAUAAGUCUAGUCAAGCUGCUGAAUGUUGAAGAUUUCCAAUGUAAAAUAGUUCUACUGCAAAAUAAAGAGCUUUAUUUUGAGGCUCUUUGCACAUUUUUACCAUGGGUGCCAUUAAAUAUGUCCGCGCUGUAUGACGUAGCAUCACCUCAAGCAGUGUAAUCCACUGAAUGAUGCAGCUCAGUUACUGUACAUAUUAUAGUCUAUGUAUAUAUUUCUUUAUUUAAAAUAACACACACAAAAAAAACAACAACAAAAAAAUAUAUAUAUCCAGACAGUGUUUCUAUGAUUCGGUGCUUCUUGGAGAUAAAACGGGAGCUCGAUUUGUUGAUUGUUUUGUUCAUUUUCUGCUAUGUUUCAGUCUGCACACUGAAAGUUAAGAGAUGCCUCACCUCUUCAGCUACACCUUUUUUAUUCUUUAAAUGCAAACAUGCAGGUUAUUUAAAGACGCAUCACUCAGUUUGAAGAAGUUGAACUAUUGGGUAAUGUUUUUCUAUUUUUUUGUUCUCUGUAUAUUUUUACAUUUGAUCCGAUUUAUUUGUUAGAUCUAUUGCAUUGCCACUAGUCAGGUCAUAUAGUUACAUUUCUUUUCCUAGAUAUGACAUCCAGAUGCUUUGCAAAAACUCCACAUUUUGUGCUGUUUUUUUUUCCCCCUAUUUAUUUUUCAUGCACUGAUUUUUGUUUUUUAUUUUUUGUGUGUGUAUUCAUGCAGUUUUUCUCCAGUAUGACAUGUUUUUAAUGGAACUGUAUGCUAAUGAACUUAAUUUCUACGGCUGUUUUUUUUCAUUACGAGAAAAGGAAAAAAUAGAUUAGGAGAGGUUCACACACAUUUCUGUUCACUGAAUGCAUUUCUGUAAUAACUGAAACUUGAGCUAAUCUAACCCAAAGAGACACAGAACCCCCUCAGACCCGAAGCCUUAAACCAACAACUGCUCUUCAUGUAAGUGUUUUGUGUUCAUGUUGGUUCCUAUAGUAUCUGUGUACUACUGAGGAGGGGGGAAUGACUGUGACUAAACAACUCCAGUUUAAAGACAAUCAUGUCAUCAUAUACUUCCUUCCUUCUGCAUUUAGAAACUCUGGUAAACAGCGUUGGUUGUCUGAAAUGCCUUUAAGUGUCUCUGAGUUAUUACGUGUCUUGUAAUUACCAAAACAUUUAUUGUUUUUAGUUUUCAAAAUCAUACCAAAUAAAGUUAGAUGGUCAAAAAUUAA